GACAACACUUUUCAUUAUCAAACCAAAGUUGUAUGAAAACUGCUUUGGGAUAGGAAACUGUGCUAGAAAAAAAUACGCGCGACGAUUAAUUAAGAAAAGUCAAAGCCGGAAAUUUUAGCUGACUAGUCCGAAAUUGCAAGGCUUUUGUACUCUUCGCCGGCUUCUUUGUUGGAGCUUGAGGACACAAAGACGGUCUUGAGUAGGAGUGGAAGAUAGUUGGUGCAUAGGGCGUUUGUGGAUAGAUUGAUGGUUUAGAAAUCAAAUGGGGCGACCAAACAUAGAAUCAAAGCUUCCCAGCAAAGAAUAUCCUAUCCCACCGGUUCCAGGAACAACUUAUGGCUCCAUACCUUCUCGCCACCAUCAAGAUUCCGCAGCUGCUCAACGAGCCAGAGAAUCACUCAAAAUAAACAACCGAAUUUUCAAAGGAUACAUCAAUACGGAACUCAUCCGAUGUUGUGCACUCCUCGCGAAUUCCGAGUACGAACGAGCUCUCGGACACGUGGAAAAUGCUUCAUUUCUUGCAGAGGAACAGAGUUUUUGCUAUGAGAUUAGUAAAUGUUUUUUGUAUCGAGGGUUGUGUUUUAUGGGGAUGAAACGGUGGAGGGAGGCGAGGGUCGCGUUGGUGAGGGGGGUUAAUGUUAGGGGUUGGGGCGGGAAGGUGGAGGGGUUGAUGAGGGAGGCUCAGAAGAAGAUUGAUGAGGAGAUGAGGGGGAGGAAAGUACGUGUUUGAAGGUGGAUCGAGAGAUUUCUUGUUGUGAGUUUGUGGUUAGGGUAGAAUCAUGAUACCACUGUUACAUAAUAUAUCGUUCUUCUAUGAUAUGGAUUCAUUGUCAACAGUUCUUUGGGCAUUGCCGAGAUUCAUUUGACGUUGAGAUCCGAGAAUGUAAUAGUGCAAGACAUCAAGCGAGGCUCGAAACGGAUGUGCAUUAGAAACUCUACGCCUAUUGUUCCGUUUCUUCAGAAGCUAUAGUAUGUUUUCUUUCAAUGAGACUCCUAGUGUAUUGACA